UCCCAACCUCCACUUGUCACCCUUCCCUUCCGUUCUGCUGCUUCGUCAACCCAAGACCCCCAAAAUUCAAUAUUCCUUAAGUUUUAAAUAAUUACUUUCACUGAUCUUCAUCUAGUCGAAAUUCCAUAGUUAACCGAAGAGUUCAAUCCAAUCGACGCUUGCUUGUUGAUUAAAAAUGACUGAGGAUCAUAUGGAGCAAAGUUCUGAUGAAGACAGUGAUUCUGAACUAGAAGAAUAUGAAGAGAAAAGCUAUGAAGAGCUCAAGGGUGGAAAAUAUCACAUCAAAUUACCAAACGAAUCUUUCACUUGCCCAUUCUGUUCUAACAAGAAAAAGCAUGAUUACCAAUACAAGGACUUACUACAACAUGCUACUAUGGUUGGGAAAACUGAUUCAAAAAAACGAAGCAAGAAAGACAAGGCAAAUCAUCUAGCAUUAUCCAAAUAUCUCAAUAAAGAUCUAUCAGAAGCCUCUGGUUCCUUACAAGUUAACAAUGAGGUUGAUCACCUUGCAGAUCAUGAUGGUGAUGAGAUGUUUGUAUGGCCAUGGAAAGGCAUUGUUGUUAACCUACCAGUUAAGUUAACAGAUGGGCGUUAUGUUGGGAGCAGUGGUUCAAGUUUGAGAGAUGAAUUAACCAUGAAGGGUUUUAAUCCUACGCGGGUGAUCCCAUUGUGGAAUUUCCGUGGUCAUUCAGGAUCUGCAGUGGUUGAGUUUAAAAAAGAUUGGACAGGUUUCAAUAAUGCCAUGUCAUUUGAAAAAGCUUAUGAGGCUGAUCACCAUGGUAAAAAGGAUUGGAAUCCAGGUAAUGAUCAUACUCAUAGCUCUGGUAUUUAUUGUUGGGUUGCUCGGGGUGAUGAUUACAGAUCUAACAACAUAAUUGGAGAGCAUCUUCGCAAGAUUGCUGACCUUAUGACCAUUUCUGAUAUCAUGGAAGAAGAAGAUCACAAAGAGAUUCAACUCAAGUCAACUUUGACAAAUGUGAUUGAAGUCAAAAAGAGGCACAUUGAAGAGAUGGAGAGUAAAUACAUGGAAACAGAAGUUACCCUUCGCAACUUAAUUGCUGAAAAAGAUAAGAUUCACCAAUAUUAUAAUGAAGAGUUCAAGAAAAUCCAGUCGAGUGCACGAGAACAUUAUCAGAAGAUACUUAAUGACCAUGAAAAACUAAAACUAAGACUUGAAAGUGAAAAGAAAGAACUUCAACUUCAGGGAGAAGAAUUGCAGAAGCGUGAGGUUGUAAAUGAAAACGAAAGGAAAAUAUUGGCUGAAGAGAUCGAAGAGAAUGCUGCUAGAAAUAGUUCGCUCAAGAUAGCAACUGCUGAGCAAAGGAAAGCUGAUGAAAGUGUGUUGAAACUUGCAGAUGAUCAUAAGAGGGAAAAAGAGAAACUCCAUGAGAGAAUAAUCAUGCUUGAGAAAAAACUGGAUGCAAAACAAGCAGUGGAGCUAGAAAUAGAACGUUUAAGAGGGCAAUUAAAUGUUAUGAAGCACAUGGGGGAUGAUGAUUUGGAGGUUUUGAAGAAGAUGGAUGAAAUACACAACAACUUGAAGGAAAAGGAAGAAGAGUUUGUUGAUCUGGAAAGCUUAUAUCAAACUCUAGUUGUUCAAGAACGAAAAAGCAAUGAUGAGCUUCAAGAAGCUCGCAAAGAGUUAAUUGAAGGAUUUAAGGAAGUACCAAAAGGCACAGAUAUCGGUGUGAAGAGAAUGGGAGAAUUGGAUAAUAAACCAUUCUAUAACGCCAUGAAAAAAAAGUACAAUGAGACAGAAGCAGAAGACAAAGCUUCAGAGAUAUGUUCAUUAUGGGAAGAAUACCUUCGAGAUCCCAAUUGGCAUCCUUUCAAAAUAAUCACCAUCAAUGGAAAACCACAGGAAUUGAUAGAUGAAAGUGACGGAAAAUUGGAAGGCCUGAAGAGAGAGUUGGGUGAAGAAGUGUACAAAGCUGUAAUAACUGCUUUGAGAGAGAUUAAUGAAUUUAAUCCAAGUGGAAGAUACAUUAUAACAGAGCUUUGGAAUUUUGCUGAGGGAAGGAAAGCGACUUUGAAGGAGGGAGCUUCUUGUCUUUUGAAGAUGUGGGAUGCCAAAAAACGUCGGAGAACGUGACAUGUGUAAAUAGUUUUAGUUUGAAUUUAUGUUUUCGUUUUGUUAUAAUUAGUGUAAAAAAAUGAUGCCACAACCGGUUUUGUUGUUUAAAAGGUUCUUGAUUAUAA